AGCAUCGGCAGUUCAGUGUCAAAAUAUUUCCAAGAGGCUGGGGUGCUUUUGUUUGGUGAGUGAUUAGAGGAAAAAUACUUAAAAUGAGAAGAAUUUUGAGAACAUAGGUGAUAUAUUUGGUGAAAAAGUGCAAAGAUGAGUUCUCUGAAAGUGAUUGUAGCUGUACGGGUGCGACCGUUUAAUUCUAGGGAACUCGACAUGGGGGCCAAUUCCAUUGUCCAGAUGGAUGGAAAAAUGACGAGAUUGGUCAAGCCAAGGACUCCUGCCAGCAAUGGGGCUGUUUGUAGGGAUCCCCUGUCCAAGGAUAAUUACAAUGAGUUCACAUUUGAUUAUUCAUAUUGGUCCUUUGACCAUAAGGAUGAACAUUAUGUGUCCCAAGAAGAAGUUUAUGAAGAUUUGGGUACUGAUGUAAUUAACUGCGCAUUUCAAGGGUACAAUUGUUGCGUUUUUGCCUAUGGACAGACGGGAAGUGGUAAGACUUUUACGAUGAUGGGAAAUGCAGAAAAUCUGGGACUCAUUCCCAGAAUCUGCAAGUCUCUCUUUGCCCGCAUGAAAGUUGGUCAGGAAGCUGGAACUGGCUACAAGACCCAUGUGAGUUAUCUGGAAAUCUACAAUGAACGAGUGAAGGAUCUCCUGGGAUCACAUUCCUCGACACAUGGCCUUCGGGUCAGGGAGCAUAAAACCACGGGGCCGUAUGUGGAGAAUCUGUCACAGCAUCCCGUGAGUGACUAUGAGGAGAUCAAAGAAUGCAUUACCAAAGGGAAUAUCCUGCGUACUACGGCCAGUACCAAUAUGAAUGACACUAGCAGUCGAAGUCAUGCCAUUUUCACCAUCACAUUCGUCCAGGCGGGCUUCACGGAUGACAUGCCGAGUGAGACUGUGAGUAAGAUUCACCUGGUAGAUCUCGCAGGGAGUGAACGGGCAAAUGCAACAGGAGCAACGGGUCAGAGACUCAAGGAAGGGGCUCAUAUCAAUAAAUCCCUCGUGACACUGGGCAGUGUAAUUUCUGCCCUGGCUGAACAAACAAAUCCCACGAAUAACAAGAGAAUCCUCUAUAUUCCCUAUCGGGAUUCCGUGCUCACGUGGCUACUGAAGGAUUCUCUGGGCGGCAAUAGCAAAACCAUCAUGAUUGCUGCCAUCUCCCCGGCUGAUUGCAAUUACGGUGAGACUCUGAGUACUCUCAGGUAUGCCAAUCGAGCGAAGAAUAUCAUCAACAAACCCACAAUCAACAUUGAUCCUAAUGUCAAGUUGAUCCGGGAAUUGCGCGAGGAGAUCAUGAAGCUACGUGCAAUGCUGACGGUGGAUAAUGUUGAGGAGCUUACGUCGAAAGUGUUGCAGGAUUUGCAGAAAAAAGAAGCCCAGGAGAAGGUGCUCACGGAGGAAUGGACAGAAAAAUGGCGAGAGGCCCAGAUGAUUCUCCGAGAACAGAAAUCUCUAGGUCUGCGAAAAUCAGGCUACGGGGUCAUCUUGGACUCGGAAAUGCCUCAUCUGAUUGGGAUUCACGACGAUAUCAGCACAGGUGUUACUCUGUACAGCCUGAAGGAGGGCGAGACUACCAUAGGAACAGAUGAGAAUGACAAUCCACAGGAUAUUGUGCUAACAGGCAUGGGAAUUCACCCGGAACACUGCAGGAUCAUCCUUUCGGAUGGAAUUGCAACCAUCUGGCCAACAUUACCCGCUCAGUGUUGGCUCAAUGCAAAUCUAAUAGAAGAACCCACGAGGAUCUCCCAGGGAGACAUUCUGCUCCUGGGCCGAACCAAUAUGUUCAGGUACAACAAUCCAGCCGAAGCGGCAAAGCUGAGAAUGGACCUAAAUAGAUCACGACUCGAUCUAUCACGAUUGUCCCUGAUUGCGGCAUCCCGGGAGAAUCUCAAUAGUAGCUUCAUGAGUGACGAUGAAUCCAUGUUCAGUGUCAAGCGCGAGAAGAUCUAUUGCCCUCAAGAAAUGGUUUGCCGAGAUGAUGCAGAGGUGCAGGAGGAAAAUCGCAAGAUACUCGAAACAAUUGGCAGUGCCCUUAAGCAAUUAAAUGCCGAACGGAGUCAAAUGCACCAUCAGCAUCGAAUGAAGGUGGCCAAAUUGUCCAGAGAACUCAAUGAACUCAUUCAGGAGAAGAAGAGCCAAGAAGCAAUUUUUCACUGUCGUGAGCAAGAGCUCAAUGCACGUCGGGAAAUGUUGCUGUGGGAAAAAAGCAAUGAGGAGGUUCAGAUGGAAAUUAUAAUAAGACAAAAAUGCGCCUUGCAGGCCCAGCUCGAUUCGAAAAAGCGAGACUUUUUUGAAUAUGUAGCCAGAGAACUGCAAGAGUUAUCUGAUUGUGGUAAAUUAGAUGAGCAUGACAUUAAGAUGCUGGAAGAUAAUCCUCAGCCAGAAGACACGAGUAAUUUACUGUUGAGUGUGACACAGAAUUUAGAUAAUUCUGCAGCACAAUUUCUCAAAGAAACUGUGAAGAAAAAUAAAGACGAAAUUGACAAAAUGGAAAAAGCUUUAAUGGAGAAAGACCAAAUUCUAAGCGAAAGUGAUAAAAAGAUGAAGAUGUUAGAUGGAAAGUUGACUGAUUUAGAUGCUGAAAAUCAAGCACUCUUAUUUGAAAGAUCUCAUAUUGAUAUUGAAGUACUCAAUUUAAAGAAGCAGAGCAUGUCACUUAACUUGAAGAAGACUACUGAUGCCGAUGCACAGACUGACAUGGUUAAUGCGUCCGAUGGUUCCAAGACAAUGGAUACCUCUGAAACAUAUCAUACAGCAACAUCAAAUUGUUCAAUUCCUUCCCAAUUGCUCUUUACGCCAGAUUCGAAAACGUGUGAACCCUUUCCGAGGCAUGGCAUUAUGUGUGACAGUGGUGUCAGUGUAGAUACUAAUAAGACACAGGAAAAGUCUCCUAAGGAUCUGAUGAGACAAUGUGAGGAAGAUCAAUUGUCUUGCAUUUCCUGUGAUAAUUCCAAUGGAUCUGAUACAGCAAUUCAGUUGCAGAAAUUACGUGAGCAAAUUGCUUCGCAAAAGGCUCAUAUCAUGAAGACUCUGGAAACUGAUUGUAGUGAUAAGCAGGAGUUGGAUGAGUUGAUAUUUCAGUUGCAGGAGCUGCAGAAGCAGAAACAGCAACUCAAGACGGAAUUGGAUGCCAUUCAGCAACCUGAGGAGCACAAUGAUGUCCCUGAGAGUCUCAAUGGGAGCGAUGACUGUGCAAAUUCGUCCAAUAUUGCACCAUUGGGACUCUAUGAGAAUUCUCUCUAUGGUACUAGUACCAUAGCCCAAUCCCUGUCGUCUAUAGAGGCACCGUAUCCACAGCAGGAUGCUGAAAAUUACGUAAGUAUCCCGACUUUUAUAAUGCGCGGAGCAGGGAAACAGACACACUAUGAGUAUGAGGUGAAAGUAUGCCUCCCAGAUGGCCGAUGGACUCUCCUGCGACGCUACAGUCGCUUCCGUGAGUUGCAUAACAGCAUGAAGAAUCUCUAUGGGGAGAAGGUUAAGGAUAUACCAUUUCCGAGACGUGAGAUUUUUGGGUCAAAGAGCGAGAGUGUGGCUAAAUCCCGAAGGAGGUAUCUCGAGGCAUACCUCCGGCGACUCCUUGUAGUUUGUGCAAAGAUCCCUCAGUGUCCGAUCUAUGAGGGUGCUGGGGGUUGUGGUGUUACCAAGCAGAGUCUCGUAGAGUUCUCAGCCUUCUUCAAGAAGGGCCUAUUUGAGUCUGGGAAACACGGAACUGGGUAAAAAUGAAACCCUAAAAAGGUCCGACAAAUUAAUUGUACAGAGUCCGAAAAACCCCUUUUUCAUCUACUUUAUCAUAUUUUUUUUAUUCAUUUUAUCAUUGUCACUUUGAUCACACUAUCAAGUAUUAUUUUAUUUUCUUUAUGCGAAUUUAUUUUUAUUUUUAUUCCUGCAAUAAUUUUUUCAUGUUCAUUAUUUUGACGAUAUUAUGUGUUAGUGUGUGAAAGAAAAAAAAAACUUUUUAAUAUAUUUUAUAUCAACUGUGAUUGCCCUACAUGAAAAAAUAAUUACCGUUAAAUAGUGAAGAAGAAGAAUAUUUAAAAAAAAAAUCCUACAAUCCUCUAAUUGUAUUUAAGUAUAAUUAUAUUCAUAAUGUUAUUUAGAUAUUCAAAUUAUAUUCAUUUUUACGAAAUUGUCUAAUGUAAUGGGGAAAUUUGUUGCUCGAAAGCUUGUAUGCAAUUACCAUUUUUAGCGAAGAGGUAGUAUUAGGUAUAUUGUUUAAGCCCCGCCCAUUGAAGGUUUAGGCCACGCCCACUUUAGAAGCUGUAAUAAAAUAAAUUAACUUUAAGAAA